UCCCCGUCCGGCUGCGGGGCCAGUGGCAGGAGCGCCGCUCACCGCCAGCCGCGGGGGGCGUGGGAUGGGGGCGGCGGGGGAGGGGGGCGCCCGCACUGACUAGAGCCAACCGCGCACUUUCAAAGGGUGUCGGUGCUGCGCUCCCCUCCCGCGGCCCGGGAACUUCAAAGCGGCCCCUGCUGCCCCGGCUGCCUCGCUCGGCUCUGGGGCCUCGCACUCCCGGCUCGGCCGCCUGGUGGCGAUGACCUGGGCGCUCCACUCCGCGCUCCGCCAGGCUCUCCUGCUGCUCGCCGCGGCCGCCGAGCUCUCGGCAGGACUGAAGUGUGUAUGCCUUUUGUGUGAUUCUUCAAACUUUACCUGCCAAACAGAAGGAGCAUGUUGGGCAUCAGUCAUGCUAACCAAUGGAAGAGAACAGGUGAUCAAAUCCUGUGUCUCCCUUCCAGAACUGAAUGCUCAAGUCUUCUGUCAUAGUUCCAACAAUAUUACUAAAACUGAAUGCUGCUUUACAGAUUUUUGCAACAACAUAACACUGCACCUUCCAACAGCAUCACCAAAUGCCCCAAAACUUGGACCCAUGGAGCUGGCCGUCAUUAUUACUGUGCCUGUUUGCCUCCUGUCCAUAGCUGUGAUGCUGACAAUAUGGGCAUGCCAGGGUCGACAGUGCUCCUACAGGAAGAAAAAGAGACCGAAUGUGGAGGAACCAUUUUCUGAGUGCAAUCUGGUAAAUGCUGGAAAAACCCUAAAAGAUCUGAUUUAUGAUGUGACUGCCUCUGGAUCUGGCUCUGGUCUACCUCUGUUGGUUCAAAGGACAAUUGCAAGGACGAUUGUACUUCAGGAAAUAGUAGGAAAAGGUAGAUUUGGUGAGGUGUGGCAUGGAAGAUGGUGUGGGGAAGAUGUGGCUGUGAAAAUAUUCUCCUCCAGAGAUGAAAGAUCUUGGUUUCGUGAGGCAGAAAUUUACCAGACGGUCAUGCUACGACAUGAAAACAUCCUUGGUUUCAUUGCUGCCGACAACAAAGAUAAUGGAACUUGGACUCAACUUUGGCUGGUAUCUGAAUAUCAUGAACAGGGUUCUUUAUAUGACUAUUUGAAUAGAAACAUAGUGACUGUGGCUGGAAUGAUCAAGCUGGCGCUCUCAAUUGCUAGUGGUCUGGCACACCUUCAUAUGGAGAUUGUUGGUACACAAGGUAAACCUGCUAUUGCUCAUCGAGACAUAAAAUCAAAGAAUAUCUUAGUGAAAAAAUGUGAAACUUGUGCCAUAGCGGACUUAGGGUUGGCUGUGAAGCAUGAUUCAAUACUGAACACUAUUGACAUACCUCAGAAUCCUAAAGUGGGAACCAAGAGGUAUAUGGCUCCUGAAAUGCUUGAUGAUACAAUGAAUGUGAAUAUCUUUGAGUCCUUCAAACGAGCUGACAUCUAUUCUGUUGGUCUGGUUUACUGGGAAAUAGCCCGAAGGUGUUCAGUCAGAGGAAUUGUUGAGGAGUACCAAUUGCCUUAUUAUGACAUGGUGCCUUCAGAUCCCUCUAUAGAGGAAAUGAGAAAGGUUGUCUGUGACCAGAAGUUUCGACCAAGUAUCCCAAACCAGUGGCAAAGUUGUGAAGCACUCCGAGUCAUGGGGAGAAUAAUGCGUGAGUGUUGGUAUGCCAAUGGAGCAGCCCGCCUAACUGCUCUUCGUAUUAAGAAGACUAUAUCUCAACUUUGUGUCAAAGAAGACUGCAAAGCCUAAUGAUGAUAAUUACGUUAAAAAGAAAUCUCUCACGGCUUUCUUUUCCAUUUUCCCCUUCAUGUGAAUGUUUUUGCCAUUUUUUUUUUGUUCUACCUCAAAGAUAAGGCAGUACAGUAUUUAAGUGCCCAUAAGGCAGCAUGAAAAGAUAACUCUAAAGUUAAGCAUGGGUAGGAGUUGACUUCAUCCAAUUUCUAUGUUAUGUUUAAUUUUACUUUGAAAGCAACACCUCAUCUUGUUAUUUAAUAAGAAAGAAAUAUAUUACAAAGGUAUAAAAUAAGCUCUAUAAAAAUAAUAUAGUCACUAAGUUUUUAUUUUACUUGAAAAAAGAGCACAUGAAUGACCAGGAAAAGAUGUAGAAACAUUUUUUUUCUGAGAUGAAGGCAUAUUCAUUAAACAUGUGAACUAGAGCAUGUUAUCUUAAAUAGAAAUUUAGGUUAUGUAAUCUAUGUUUUUCCCCUUUUUAAACUAGCAGGACCUUUUAAAAAUAAAUAUUGCUCUAAAUUUUAAUAUAUCAAACACGUAAAAGUGGAGCUGCUCAGGGGAAGAUGUAAGUGAGGUUGGUGUCCCACGUGCUUGGUCUCCCUUUCUGCUGUUCUCCUGCUCUUCAUAAUCCACUACUGCGGCAGUCACUGAACCACUAAACUUGCUUCUUUCAUUUACAAAAGGGAUACCUGAUAUCCUGAGACACUGAGAAAUGUCCGAAAGUCACACAGCUAAAGGCAGAGCUGGCACUAGGGUCCGAAUCUUGUGAUAAUAAACAUCAUAGAGUUAGCUAGCUUCCUGCUUUCCCCUCAAUUGUCAUAGUACUUUUCUCCCUAUGCAAUAGCUUUUUAUAUUUGUCGUUUAGUCAUGCAGAAGGCAUACUGAGUUAUUUUGCAGAAUCAUAAUGGACCUGCAUGAAAUCUCAGAACCGCAUCUGUUGACAUUUUUUCUCACAGAAGUAUCAUGGUUACCGCACUUGUUAAUGAGUAUUAAUGUUUUCUGAACUCUUCCAAAGAUUAAUCCAACACAAAUAUUCAUUGUCUGAAAAUGUCUUUAAGAUACAACUCAGAGGUCCCAUUUCCUUUGUACAUACACAUUUAGAAAGAAAAGACAGAAUAGGAAGGAGGAAGCAAGGAAAUAUUUUGAGAAGAUUUAAGAAAAGUCUUAAUGAAGUAUAACAACCAAACCCUACAGAGGGUAUCAGAAACUGCAAAUACAUAUUCCUCUACUCUUUCACAAUGAGCGAGUGAGUACAGAAGAAUGCUCAUAAUAGUUUUGCCUUCAUUCUACUUUCUGUGGACACGGAGUAAUGAAUAUUUAAUGGGACAUUACAUAUGCCCUUCAAAUCUAUAAUGCUACUUUGGUAAAGGAGACUUAACAUGGUGUCUUUUAUUCUCCUAAAACAUCUCUCAAACUCCAUUCCUUAGAACAUUCUUCUGCUGAGAUAUGAUCCAAGACCCAAAGUGUUCUUUGAUACUUGCUUAGAAAGUGAUAGUACAUGUUAGCAUAUAAUGUACUUUGAAGAGUGAAGUAAAUGCUACUGAUUACAGUUUUAAAAAACCCAAUAACAGUAAAGAAAUGCUACUUGAAUUUUUUUAAACUGGAUUUUACAGAUUACUUGACCAUGGUGGAAGGAGCCCUUUUACUAAGAGGAGAAGAAACUUUUUUACUAUCCCCACAUUUAAGUGUUCUAUAAAGCAAAGCACAGCUUGGGUAAUAGUGUUCUGAAAGAUAUGCUUCUGUAUUUUCUCAUAGAGUACAAUUUAGUAAUUAUGGUUCAUUUCACUAUGGAAAUAUGUUACUGAAUCCAUUUUCAUUUUACUGAGUUGAAAUAAGGAAGGCAAAAAACCUGAAAGCUAUGGAGUUUGCCGAUACUUCCAUACUCAUUAAUGCACUCAUCCACUUAUUAAUCAUACAGCACCACAUAUCUUGCUUGCCACAAUAUCAGUUAUGAGAGGGAAUAAAAAGAUAGAUAGGUCCUGCCCUCAGGGAUUUUAGAGUCUAAUUUGGGAAUGGGAAUAGGGAUGUGAGUGUGUAGGGGGAGAAAAUAAAUUGACAGAUAAAAUAUGAAGUGGGAUGUCUUGAGUUCUGCUUGACAGUGGGUUUCUAGGAUAGGUCUGAAAAUUGCUUUCAUUUGCAACACAUUUAGAAAGUAUCUUUAUUUGGAUAUUACAGACAAUCUAAAUAUAUCAUCGGUUUUUAAAAGUGCCUAUGUGAAGUGAUUUUUUAAAAGAGCCUAUGUGAAGGGGUAAUCUUGCUUGUUACUAAUUUCUCAUAGAUUGUUUUUCUGCAUAUAUAAGAAUGAAAUUAUUUAUUUACUAUGAUUGUACUCAUCUCAAAUAAACAAGACUGAUAUUCACUGUUUUAUUUACAUUGGAUAAAUAUGCUUAUUGAAUUUUUAAGAGAGGAUGUUUUAACAUCUCCAUUUUUCUUGUCAUUAUGUUUUGUAGCUUAUUUGAGGGUGUCUAAAUAUAAUUUCAUAUUUUAUUGGUUCAA